AGGGUCAGCAUGUGUGUGUGUGUGUGUGUGCGUGUGUGCAUGCGUGCGUGUAACUGUCAGAUAUAAUUAACUGAAUAAGCAUGUCACUUUAAUCAGUGAUGAUUGAAAUGACAGCAAUCUGUCCUAUUAUCUCAACAUGGAUGUGUCACGGGCGCGGUCUCUCAGAACAAAUGACAAGUUCCAGCCGACCACGUGCUGUGAUAGUCACGUGUUACACGAUUGUAGUUGCAGCUCAUUGUCAAUGCAGUGGCGAUGGUAAUUAGCACUUAUUUCUAGUGCCAUGUUGCGUUCCGCGUUGGACUUGUGAAGACGGCACUACACUGACGUUAACGGCACGUUGAGGCGACUACGCGCCGCAAUCAGCUAACAUCCGUGAGUUCACCCAAUCACAGCUCACCGUUUCGAAUUUUACUUGAACCAUGUGCACUCUCCACGUGCUCACUUUCAAUCGUCCACUGUUCUCGUCGACUCGGUUUUCGUCUUUCUCUACGUUUCAAACUGGAUAACGAAUUUCGUCAUUUAUGAGGUGGUUACCACAACUCGAUAUUCGGUCGAUUUCAGUAUCCGAGGUCGUCGUCGGUAGCCAAUGGACAAGAGCGACCUCUCUUCCAUCCUCUCGUGUCUCCCACCUCUCUUUCUCCUUUCCCCGGCUACUUCUAUUCGAUGCCGCCUCCCGGUCACUCUCACUACAAUCCUUUUCAUCCUUCACGUCCUAUUGGCUAUAGACCUUCGACAUCUGCAGCGGCAGCAUCUACGACGACGACUGUGGCCGUUCCUCCGUAGACGAACGCGUUCAGUUCGAAUUCCAGUUCGUUGGACGAAGGAUGGAGCAGCGGAACGUGCAUCGAAGUGGUUCUAAAGGAAUUCGAACUGUGGCAGAAGUUUUCUAAAAUUGGCACCGAAAUGAUAAUUACCAAAUCGGGGAGACAACUGUUCCCUCUUAUCGUCGUGUCUGUGACGAACCUGGAGAAAGACAGUGUGUACAAAGUUGUGUUAGAGUUUGCCUGCAAUGACCGCCGCCGAUACAAAUUUAUCAAAUCGCAAUGGGUCUCCAGUCAGCAGUCUGACGCCACGUUUCCUGACCAAGACCCGUCAUUCGUGCAUCCAGACAGUCCUGCUACUGGAAAACACUGGAUGAAACAAGUUAUCUCGUUCAAAGCGGCCAAAUUGACAAACGACAAAGAUUGUCGUAAACCUACUCAUGUGAGUGAAAUGAUUGUAGGAUUGGUUGUUGUAUUGGGCUUUUUGUGUAUGUCAUCUAGUUUUACGUGUAGUGUGCGUACAUGUGUGCUUGUAGAUGAGCCCGACUGGGACUUGCACUAUGUGCGACAACAAUGUUGUUCUUCAUUCGAUGCACAAGUACGUAGCCUCGUACCAGACCCUCUCGCGCGUCGUGCCCGGUUCCCGUAUAACACGAAAACGCCAGGAGAGGGUCUGGUACGAGGCUACAAGUACGAGCCGCGAGUAGCCAUUUUCAAAUUGUCUGACGGCGACGGAACGUUCGAACGUGUUUUCGUCCGACAACUGUCUCUGUGUCAUUUCAUUAGCGUUACGUCAUAUCAGAACAAAGAAGUCACCCGUCUCAAGAUCGACAAUAAUCCUUAUGCGAAAGCAUUUCGUGACCAAGAGACGAGCGAUGGCAUCAAAACUUUUCCCGAAUCAUUGCAGUCGGUCUCGCCAAAUUUCUCGCAUGCGGAGCCUCCGUUUCCUUCCUCUCUCGUUAGUGACUACAUUCCCCAAUUCUCUGGUCUUAUGGAUUCUCCAUUUUCCCAUUACCACCACCCGUCGUCUUCUCUCUCUCCCUAGUCUUCGCUCGUUCCGUCGUUU